AUGUUCGGUGGCAGUUUGUUAAAUUCCUGGAAUCUCUGGCCGCCUGCUCUUCAAUUGCUAAACUUUCCAUCGCAUCAGCAGCAGGAGCAGAAUCCUCGGCCUACAGUUCACUUUGAAUACCCUCCGGGUCACCAGCUACAGCUUCGACCUCGCAGGAUAAGGGCACCGCGAACUGUUCCGGAAGGCGAUGCCUCCAGAUCGCAAGAGUCAGGAAAUGGCCCCACGCAGGAAGAGCUGUUCGUGCGACGCUGUUACAUGAUGGCUGGUCUGUUUACGAUCACUAUGGCAAUCCUGGUCAUGAUUUUGUCCAAGGCCAUUCCUCCCGGUUACGAUCUCAUGAUUCCCGGCUUCAUUUGUACGUUCCUGUCCCUGAUGUUCCUCUUUGUCCUUUGCAUUGCUCCUGUUUUUCGGAGGUUUUACUGGAUCAGUUUCACUUUGUCCGGGCUGUUUGUGACUCUGUCGGGCUUGGGCGUGAUCUUUAUUCUGCAGGAAAGGAAUUUAGUAAAUAUUUGCAUUGCCCUUGUGGUGGCCUCCACCGUGACUGUGAUCUGCUAUUUGGCCGGAGCCUGUCUACCCAAGAUCGUUCUUCCAGGCGAGACAACUAUGUUGCUGCUGGUCAUCGUCUUUGUCUUGGCUUCCGUCUUCGUGCUGAUCAUGUUUAUCCUUACGAUCAAAAAGAUCUAUCAAACAGUGUACUUUAUCUUAAUGGUCACCAUACUGAUACCCACAUCCGUGUACCAAGCCGAGCUGGUCCAUGGCAGGCGGUUCAAGCUGCCCGACUACGAAUUUGUGUUUUGCGCAGACACCGUCUAUCUGCACUUUCUCCUGUUCUUUGUGGCCUUCUACUAUCUUAUAUGGAAUCCUAACUGGUGAGGUUUCGUGGACAUACUCAAUCCUUAAAGAAAUACCUAUAGGAAA